AUGUGUGGAAUCGUGGGCUGCCACCAUGUUCCCGAUGCGAAGGCAUUCAAGCCGACGGCAUUGAAGAUGGUAAAGCAAUGCCGCCAUCGCGGUCCAGAUUGGUCGGGCAGUUUUGUGGCCAACAACACCAUCCUUGCUCAUGAGCGUCUAAGUGUUGUGGGUGUUGACAGUGGAGCGCAACCUCUUACCAACCAGGACGAGACCAUUGCCCUCGCUGUCAAUGGUGAGAUCUACAACCACAGAGUCAUUCGGAAAACCUUGACGACCCCAUACCACUUCAAGACUCACUCCGAUUGCGAGGUCAUAAUACCCUUGUAUAUGGAGUUUGGUCUCGAUGCGCCCAAGCAUCUCGACGGCAUGUUCUCUUUCGUCCUCUACGAUAAGGCACAAAACCGCACAAUCGCUGCGCGUGAUCCCAUUGGAGUUACAAGUCUGUAUCAGGGAUGGUCGAGCAAGAUGCCAGGCGCAGUUUUCUUCGCUUCCGAGCUGAAGUGUCUACAUACCGUUUGCGACAAGAUCAUCUCGUUCCCUCCAGGACACAUCUAUGACUCGAAAACCGACAAAACGACCAGGUAUUUCCAGCCUUCGUGGUGGGAUGGUGCCAAGGUUCCUUCUACACCACUCGACCUGAAGCUGCUUCGCGAGACGUUUGAGAAGGCUGUCCGAAAGCGGUUGAUGGCUGAAGUUCCUUAUGGUGUCCUGCUGUCGGGAGGUCUCGAUUCGAGUUUGGUUGCUUCUAUUGCACAGCGGGAAACUCUUCGAUUGAAGGCCAUUGCUCUGAAACAGAUGGAGACUGCCAACGGAAACGGCGAGACUAUAGGAGACGAGGACAAGGGUGAAGGUCUGGUUGGUAUUGACGAUCAUGACAAGCUCUCUACCGUCACAUACCUGCCACAACUCAACUCUUUCUCAAUUGGUCUUCCUAACGCCCCAGAUAGCAAGGCAGCGAAGGAGGUCGCCAAAUUUCUCGGAACCAAGCACCAUGAUAUGACUUUCACUAUCGAGGAGGGCUUGAACGCCCUCACAGAUGUUAUCUAUCACUUGGAAACUUUCGACGUGACAACUAUCCGUGCUUCUACUCCUAUGUUCUUGCUCUCGAGAAAGAUCAAGGCAAUGGGUGUAAAGAUGGUGAUGAGUGGUGAGGGAAGUGACGAGAUCUUUGGUGGAUACUUGUACUUCCAUGCCGCGCCUGACAAGAGUGCUUUCCACCAGGAGUGCGUUCGCAGAGUCAAGAACUUGCAUUUGUCUGAUUGUUUGAGAGCCAACAAGUCAACUAUGGCAUGGGGUCUUGAGGCUCGUGUUCCUUUCUUGGAUAAGGAGUUUUUGGAAGUUGCUAUGAACAUCGACCCUGAGGAGAAGUUGAUCACGAAGGACAGGAUCGAGAAAUACAUCAUUCGCAAGGCCUUCGAUACAACUGAUGAGCCUGGAGCUCAACCAUACCUACCAGAAAACAUUCUGUGGAGGCAAAAGGAGCAAUUCAGUGAUGGUGUUGGUUACGGGUGGAUUGAUGCUCUGAAGGAUACCGCCGAGGCCACGAUUACUGAUGAGAUGAUGAAGAACCCAAAGCCAGAAUGGGGCAGUGAUAUCCCAGAUACUAAGGAAGCUUACUGGUACCGAACGAUGUUCGAUGAGCAUUUCCCGCCAUACUGCGCAGAUACUGUCAUGCGAUGGACUCCUACAUGGUCAGAUCAGACUGAUCCUAGUGGAAGAGCAAUUGCCAUCCACAACCAGAAGUACGAGACCACAAAGUAA